GGAGGGCCGUAAUCCCUAACUCCAAACACCGGCAGCCCCUGAGACAGGCAGCGUGGAAGUUGGGGAGAGGCGUCCCACACCAGAUGCUGUGCCCUGCAGGUGACGGGCCUCAGAGCAGCAGCCAUGGCCAAUGGGGAAGAUGAGCCGAGGAACUGUGCGGUGUGCGGGGACCGAGCCACAGGCUACCAUUUCCAUGCCCUGACUUGUGAGGGCUGCAAGGGUUUCUUCAGACGAACAGUCACCAAGAGCACUGUUCUCAUGUGCCCUUUUGCUGGAAGCUGUGAGGUCAACAAGGCCCAGAGACGCCACUGCCCAGCCUGCAGGUUGCAGAAGUGCCUAGAUGCUGGCAUGAAGAAGGACAUGAUCCUAUCGGCAGAAGCCCUUGCACUGCGGCGAGCCAAGCAGGCCCAGCGGCGGGCCCAGCGAGCACCUGUCCAGCUGAGUGACGAGCAGAAAGCGCUGGUCCGGACACUCCUGGGGGCCCACAGCCGCCACGUGGGCACCAUGUUUGAGCAGUUUGUGCAAUUCAGGCCUCCAGCGCACCUGUUUGUCCACCGCCAGCAUUUGCCCAUCUCGGUCCCUGUACCACUUCUGCUCAUGCACUUUGCAGAGAUCAACACUUUCAUGGUGAAGCAAGUCAUCAAGUUCACCAAGGAUCUGCCCCUCUUCCGGUCCCUGCCCAUGGAGGACCAGAUCUCCCUUCUCAAGGGAGCAGCCAUAGAGAUCUGUCACAUCGCCCUCAACACCACUUUCUGUCUCCAAACACGAAACUUCCUCUGUGGGCCGCUCCGCUACACCAGGGAGGACGGCGCCCACGCGGGCUUCCAGGCACAGUUCUUAGAGCUGCUCUUUCACUUCCACGGGACACUGAGGCGACUGCAGCUCCGGGAGCCCGAGUACGUGCUCAUGGCCGCCAUGGCCCUCUUCUCUCCCGCCUGCGCCCGACCCCACCUAUCCUUCCCCGCCCCGCUUCUUGCAGACAGGCCUGGGGUGACCCGGAGGGAGGAGAUCGAUCAUCUCCAGGAGGUGACGGCACUGACCCUGCACAGCUACAUUGAAGGCCAGCAGCCAAGGCCUCGGAAUCGGUUUCUGUAUGCAAAGCUGCUGGGACUUUUGGCUGAGCUCCGGAGCAUUAACAACGAAUUCGGGUACCAAAUCCAGCACAUCCAGGGACUGUGGUCCAUGAUGCCACUGCUCCAGGAGAUCUGCAGCUGAGGCCCAGCCCAUCUGGUCACACUGGCCUGGAAAGGGGGAAUGCCAGGGCCAGAGGUGGGGACCAGCAGAAAGGGAGCCCAGUGGUUGCAAUGAAAGACUAAAGCAGUAA